CUGUUUAUCAACGGAAACGAUACAAAAUGGGGCUAAGUAAUUGUGGAAAAUUUGGCAAAGUGUAUCUUUCAGUCAUUAACGCAAUAUUCCUGCUACUCGGACUGGGUCUCCUGGUAGCGGGAAUACUGGUCAGAAUAAACGCCAUUUCCUCUGACGUCACACCUGCCCUUAACAGCGUGAACGUAGCUAAUUACAAACUUGGAGAUCUUUCCCACAAUUUGUCCAUCAUCUUUAUCGUCAUUGGGGCGUUCAUCGUGAUAGUCGCUGGACUGGGCCUGAUUGGCGCCUGCUGUGAGGUCAAAUGUAUGCUGAUUACGUACGCUAUAUUGGUGUUGAUUGUCCUCAUCAUAAAACUUGCAGCUGUUAUAUUGUGGUUUCAAAUGAGGAAUGAGUUUGACGACACUGUAAAGAAAGCUAUGAAGGAUUCACUGGAUAAGAAUUUUGUAAAUGACACCCUGGACAGUGAAAAUUCCGUCUCUAAUGCCUGGAACUAUGUAUUCCUAACGUUUGACUGUUGUGGACUUGAUCCAAUGAUGGUAAAGAAUGGCAGUGAGUUUUCCAAAACACCUUGGUGCACAAAAAAAGGAAGCUGUAAGGAACACCUAGCAACAAUACCACGAACCUGCUGUGAAGGAGUUGACAAUUCAAACUACUUAAUGGCCAAAACAGAGUGUUAUCUGAAUGUUACCAAAGGUUAUAAUGAGAAGGGUUGUUAUGAGGCAGUGGAAGACUUAAUUUCGACUUACGGGAAUGCUUUCAUAGGAAUCUCUAUAACUGUGAUUGUGAUUGAGCUCCUUGCCAUUGUGUUUGCCAUCAUUAUCUGCAGACGUUCGGGAUCUGAUCAUGACUCGAAAGCAGUCUAGACGCACUGCUAAAGACCAGAGUUUCUCUUUUUCAUCUUUAAUUUUAUUGAACAUAUGAAACAUAUCUAUACAUGAAACUGUUCGACUUUUUAACAUAUAUUAUUAUUGUUGAUUUAAUAUUUUAUUUCGUAAUGAAAUCACUGUAUACAUUAUUUUAGUGAAAUUUUUAGCUAAAUACAUUAAACAGGUAAUAAACGACUAUAUGCAUGUUUUGAAGGAUUGUUUCCGCAGAGCAUUCGACAUAAUUAUCUAUGAAGUUAUUGAAUAAAAACUCUCUAAACUAAA